AUGCCAGGUGUUGCCGGCGAUUUGUUGGUCCGCCUGGAGGGCCUCGUGGGCGGCAGUGGUGUUGCUGGUGGAGGUGGCGGCGCUGGCGUACCUAAUAUGACUAUGGGCGUGAGUGUGGCUGGGAACAUGGGUGGGUGUGAGGAGGUGGGCGUGGUGUCCUGCCCGGUGUGCAGCAAGAGGGUACAGCUCUCGUACCUGUCGCUGCACCUCAAGCGGACCCACGACUCCCUUGAGGUGCGCUGUCCCCUGUGCGCCAAGAUGUUCAAGAACAAGCACAGCCUGAGCGUCCAUCAGGCCCGCUACCAUCCCCGGAACAUCCACACAGUGCCCAUGGGCGGCGCGCCUUCCUCGUCUUCCACGCCCGUGUCCCCGAGCGGUCAUCACUCUCUGCAGCCGCACAGGCCAGCCACGCCCACCUACCUCCAGCCUCCCUCGUCCAAUCAGCAUCACCAGAAUCAGCAGCAGAUCCCCAGUACGCCCACCCUCCCCCUGGGGCCUCCCCAUGGGUACCCCCCACCGGCCCCCCCGCCCACACAGACCUCUGGGAUCUGGUACCACACCCACACAGAGGAGGGCACGCCCACAACGCAAACUCCGCCCGCACCUCAGCGCCCAUACACGCCAUAACCUCCUCACUGCCUCAGGUCUGGACCUUCUACGCGCCUUCGAGUACGGCGCGACCGUGACGGACCUCGGUCUGCACGGCGGGGCGCUGGGCGGCACGUACCUGGACGCAAGGGGAGGCGGCCUACCCUCCGGUGUGUGCGGCGCGGGCGGAGGGGGAGGUGCCCCAGGAGGCGGAGGGCCGGGGGGAGGAGUGCCGUGGCGACGCCCCCUGGGUGGAAGCGACGGCUACGUGUCUUGUCCGCAGUGCCAGAAGCCCAUCACGUCGUACAACCUGAACCGGCACGUCCGGAUGGUGCACUCCAACAUGGAGCACGCCACCUGCCCCGUGUGCAGCAAGGAAUUCAAAAACAAGUAUUCGCUGGCCACGCACAUGCACAGACAGCACUCGGACCCCGGCGGCGCGAGUGGCCAGCCAAGAACUACUACCUGUUAGAUAGUGUCCACAGCCAUUUCAUUUAUUUUUAUUAGAGGCCAAAUGUGAAAAGUGAUCCAGGGUUGUUAAGCUGUAAAGCAGGAGUGAUACACGGUGUAAACACAGAACAUAAACACUUAGUGAACCUUAAUUUAUCCAACUUUCCAAAGAAUAUAGUAUGUACUUAGCAGUUAAGUGGGUGUUCCCUAGAUUGUCAUGGAACCAAUGAUAACCUCUCGGGGUGUUAGUGAGCGACGGCCAAUCCUCCUGUCUACCGCUCAUGUGGAAUGUUGUGUUUCCAGCCAUAUUUUAAACGUGCAAGCGGCCUCGCUCUUUCCCUCCCCGAACUGGAUCUGCCUUUUAAAGAUAAUUUCGGGGGCCUUUCCCUGAAUUCCCAAUUGUAAGAAAACACAAAUUAUGUACUUCGAGAGGUAUAAACAGGCCAGCUUGCAGGUUUAACGAAAGCCAUUUAAAAUUGUUCCUCUAUGUACGUGAAGUGUUGCUAGAACCAUGCCUUGCCUCAUCCCAAGUGAACCGGACCGACCUCUCUGGAAGGCAAAAUGUUCAUCGUUUUAUGCUACCUAGGCUUGUGAAUUAACGUAAUUUUCAAAGGAAAACAGUGUUCAGUGACUGUAAGGUUGGCGUUUCAACAUACUUUGAAGUGGUGCCUCAAAUAACAUGGUUCAAGUGACUUGUAAAGGACCGUCGUGCCUUGCCUCAGGUAGUCAUGAGUGGACUGUUUCCUCAUAACCAUUACACGUCUCUCCUUUGCCUCACAGGUGGGACACGCCUCGCCGAUGCAGGCCAGCCUAAACCCCUCAUUCCUUCGGCCCUGAAGAAGCAACUUGCUUUUCAUGAAGGCGCUUCCUGUGUCGUUUCGAACGGCGCACUCACCUCAUUAUCCAGCAACCAGUUCGUUCAGCCUGUGUGCCAUCAGAGGGAAGGGACACUCACGCUUGACGAGCACUCCUUGCCCUUCCCCUGCUCCCUCCCCCAGGCUGCUCCUCUCCCGUCCUCUAUCUACUUA